ACUAGGCGAGAGAGAGGCUGGGAGAGGCGGCGAGGGAGACUGGGAGGAUGAUGGUCGGUGGCGGAAGCCAGGCAAACUCCGACGCCUGUCAAUAAUAAGGAUAGAUCUCUUCACCUGGGAAACUCAUUCGGUCCUACGUCUAGACAAAAGACCAGAGGGAAGGUGUGGUUUGGCUUUUAGCUCUGCGAGUGGAACAGUAUGGCAUUGUGGGAGAAAGAUACCAAAAGGACGACUAGGAGGGAGGGAUGAAGGAAACAAGAGAAGCAUUCUUCGUGCCAGAGUUUUAUUCUUGUAGUGUCUUAUAGCGCCCUCCCCUGUCAUGUCUGCCAAAAUCUAUCUAUUCCUGGCCACCCUCUGCAUGUGGGAGGGACUUGUGGGAGGGGCCUCUCUCACUACGGUUCUGAAGAGAAGGGGUCUAGGGGCCCAUGGACCAAUGACAGUCGAGAAGACACCUGCCCACCAAUGGGAACCAAGCUUUAAGAACGAUGUCCUUCUGCCAGUGGAGGUCAAUGACUCGAUUGAUCAUACAUCACAUGCAGAAUCAAGUGGCUCCAAAGAAGCAGCCCGAAACAGUUCAGCGUCUGUGUCGGCCGGCACAGGAAGCCGUCGUGAUCUGAAUUUAACAGUUCCCGUGCCACUUGGGAAAAGCCAGAUUUCCCUGGAUUCAAGAAAGGCCAGAAACGCCUCUAAGAGUGUCGACUCCUUCAGGUCAGCUUGGUUCGAUUAUAAGGCUUACGCUCUCCACCGUAAACUAGACCACACGUCUCCCUACAAUAAAACCAGAUUCAAAUCCCUCUUCAAAUCCAUCGUAAGCUCAGACCCAGCUGUCUUUACGUUAGAGGCUCAAGAAAGGAGGCUUCAUGUGGAUCAUAACAGGAGAUUAAACCUGACCGAGAAACCGGCAAUUAAGCCACAUCCAAAUCGAGAGGUAAUUGCACCACCACAGAGAGAGGUGGGGCAGGAGCAGGGCGCCAGGGAUAAAACAGGCUGGGACGUGAACAGGAAGCAGCAUCCGAAUCAGAACAAUGGGCAAAAGUCAGCUAUUGGGGAGCCACAGGAGCCCAGAAGGAUGAGGGUAGCAGAUGUGGAUGUUCCCGAUGUGGGCAAUGAAAACACUUUGAUGGAUUUGAGCCAGAAUAAGAGGCCGCAUAAGAAUGUUCACACUAACAGCAGUACAGGAAGCAGCAUUACUCAGGAGAGCCAGAACCCAGAUCUUUUCGUGAGCAGAGAGAGUUUAGGGUCUGCCAUUGGAUCUCCAUCACCUGUGCCCCGUGAAGUGAGCACAAGUGACAGAAAGGCGACGGAAGAUAGGACGACUUUGGUUCCCCAAAACAAGCCGGGAGAUGAGACAGAUUCUAGAAUGGGAGCAGUUCUGGAGAAAGAACAUCUGGUCGAGCAGAGCCGACCAGCUGUGAAUCCUCCGGAAUCCUCCAGGGACAGCCUAGAUCCCAGGAGCAGCGACAUGCACGACGAUAGCAGCCACCUGCUGAGACUGCAGCCCGACAUGGUUCCUGACGUGGGACCCGACGGAGGUCCCCGCCAUGACAUGGGACAACAUGCCUCUCCAGAUUCCCCUCUCGGGGGCCGGGGUCUGCUUUUCCAGGAGGCUGAAGAUGGUCGAGGGCAGGGAAGCGAGGGAACCCGCUCGCGUAGCAGGCGGAGUUGGAUUUGGAACCAGUUUUUCGUCAUCGAGGAGUACACUGGCCCAGAACCGGUACUGAUCGGGAGGCUGCGCACGGACAUGGACAGGGGUGACGGGCGCACCAAGUACAUGCUGCGGGGGGAGGGGGCCGGCUCAGUGUUUGUCAUCGACGAAAAGACCGGCAACAUCCACGUCACCAAGCCGCUGGACAGGGAGGAGAAGGAUGAGUACCGGCUGAUUGCCACGGCGACGGACCGCCAGACGGAGCGUGCCCUGGAGCCUUCCUCCCAGUUCAUCAUCCGCGUGCAGGACAUCAACGACAAUCCGCCCAUCUUCCAGGAGGGGCCCUACAGUGCCACCAUACCCGAGAUGGCCAACAUAGGUACAUCCAUCAUCCAGGUGACAGCAACAGACGCAGACGACCCCACCUACGGAAAUAGUGCCAGGCUGGUGUACACACUCACCCAGGGCCAGGAGUACUUCUCUGUGGAUCCACAAACUGGCAUCCUCCGUACGGCUGUGCCCGACAUGGACCGCGAGACCCAGGACCAGUACCUGGUGGUGCUGCAGGCCAAGGAUAUGGGGGGUCACCUGGGUGGGCUGUCGGGGACGACCACAGUGACAGUGUGGCUGAGCGACGUGAACGACAACCCUCCCCGCUUCACUCAGACUUCCUGGUCGUUCUCGGUGUCGGAGCUGGCCUUGCCCGGAGCAGAAGUGGGCCGACUCUCGGCGACUGACCCGGACCUGGGGGAGAACGCCAAGCUGGAGUUCAGCAUCCUUGACUCCGAGGGUGGUGACACCUUUAACAUCACGGGGCUGGAGAGUGAAGCCAUUAUCACCCUGAACAAGGCGGUGGACUACGAAAGCCGGCGGUCAUACUCCUUCUCAAUAGAGGUGCUGAACCCCCUUGUGGACCCCCGCUUCCUGCGGCGUGGCCCCUUUAAGGAUCGGGCCGCUGUGAGGGUGCAGGUGCUGGAUGCCGACGAGCCACCCCGCUUUGCGCGGCCCACGUACCUGCUGGAUGUGUAUGAGAACUGCCCCCCACCGUGCCCCGUGGGCCGUGUGGAUGCCGUGGACCCCGACACCGGCCUCAGCAGUAGCAUCAGAUACUCCAUAGACCCCCAGACUGACCCGGAGACGCUGUUCCGCAUUGCCCCUGACAGCGGCCUCAUCACCACGGCGACAGAGUUGGACCGCGAGUUUGAUCAGUGGCACAACAUCACUGUCAUCGCUACACAGAGAGACAAUCCCAGUCAGGUGACCAGGGUGGUGGUUGCCAUAGAGACCCUGGACGUGAAUGAUAAUGCUCCCGAGUUGGACAGACAGUACAGCACUGUGCUGUGUGACUCCACUGCCGUUGGCGAGGUGGUCCAGGAGCUGCGCGCCGUCGAUAUGGACCAAGGAGGGAACGACUCUACGGUGCACUUCAGCAUUGCGCCUGAGUCAAGGGCAGCGCAGAACUUCUGCAUCACAGAGACAGGAGGCCCCACAGCCAAGGUGCUGCUGCUGUCCCCCCUGAAGACGCUGCCGCGCUCCCCCGCCUCCUCCAUCACCAUGCAGGUGCCCGUGGUCCUGCGGGACAGCGGCUCUGGCCUCAGCAGCACUGGCACGCUCACCGUCUCCGUGUGCCCCUGCCUGCGGGGCGUCUGCCUGCCCAUGCCCUCCGCCUCCCCCUCCCCAGGGCUCAGCACCGCCGCCCUGCUGGCCAUCCUGGCCUGCGUGGCCACACUGCUGGCCGUAAGCGUGCUGUCACUCUCGUUGCGGCGUCAGAAGCGUGACUCUCUGUCGCCGCUGGAAGAGGACGACGUGCGGGAGAACAUCAUCACCUACGACGACGAGGGGGGCGGCGAGGCCGACACUGCCGCCUUCGAUAUCGCUGCACUGCAGAGCGCCCCCCAGAGCGGCCGGCGGGGGUACCGCACGCUGGACAGCAAGAACAUACGCUAUUCCCAGCAGAAUCGGGAACAAUCCCAGGCUGGUAACUGGGCCCAAAACGCCGGUCCGAAUUCUCAGUACCGGGGCCCGGAAGCCUCGCCCUAUGGGCCACUGCGCUACAGCUGCCACACGCUGCCAGUGCUGCGGGCCGGUCGCUGUCUCGGCUUCCCUACUUUGCACAACUCAGUCCCAGACAAGCCCAGCCCAGCAGGGGGCGCCGUGGAGGCCGAGGCGGGGAGCGGGGACUCCGAUAGCGGCUCCACGCGGACCGGCGAGCCCAAGGAUAGCAGCGACCUCAGCGGUGACAGCCAGAGGAACCAGGACUGGCCUAUAGAUCCAAGACUUCCCUCACCGGCCGGACACUCCGCAAAGCAAAGUGGCGUGGCGGCCACAGGGCUAGCCGGCGCCGAGUCCAAUCGCAGUGUUUGCGACAGUCAGGCUGCAGGCGGCAUCACCCGCAGUUACGGGGAAGACCAGCAGGGGGAGGCCUUGAGCCCAGCAGAAGGCACAAUGCACCUGGAGGUGGAAGGAGGAAUAUCAGUGAACGGGACUGCGUGCAGCCUGUACCAGGAGGGGCUGGGCUUCAUCGCAGACUGGCGUAAUCGGGCGGGCGUUGGAGCAUACACCUUAGAGCGCAGGGAUAUGAUUCCUCAGAUUUUGGGCACAGGGCAGCUGGGAUACAUUGAGGGGCGGGGUCUGAGGGUAGAGGCAGGGGGUGGGGGGCAGGGGUCCUUGGCCCUAAAGGUGGGGGAGUUUUUGAGGGUUCGCCUGGCCCAAGUGACCUUUGACCCCUCUGUGCCACCUUAUGACUCGGUACAGGUGUACGGGUUUGAGGGCACGGGGUCCCUUGCUGGGUCACUGAGCUCCCUGGAAAGUGAGGGGGAGGAGAGCUGGGGCGUGCAAGGGGUUUGGGGUGCCCAGUUCCAAAGGUUGGUGGAACUCAUCCAAGAGAGACGACUGGAAAGAGAGCGAGAGGAGGGGCGGCAGGGGGCAGAGGGGGCCGAGGAGGAGGCGCAGGUGACAGAUGAGGAGGAGGGAGGGGGGAAACUAAGGGAAGAAUGA